AGUUGGUAUCUCACACCUUCCUGUUUAUCUAAAAGAAAAUGAGAAUUGAUAAAAAAAAAAAAUCCCUCCCUGCCUCCUGCAUUUUCAAUAUUGGUAGCGUAAAUUUAUAUUAUCAGUCCACACGAAGUCCACGCCUAAAAUAUUUUUUCCCCCUCGGAGCUCGUGGGGGAUAACCAAUACGCAGUUGAGAAGCUUCUCUCUCUCUAUAAAUAGCUUUAUAGUUGUGAAAGCUCUGUUCGAGUUUCAGUAGCUUCCUCUAUCAACUAAGAGGAGGAGAUAGCAUAUAGCAAAUUAAUUAACAGCAAAUCAAUGGCGGCGGAUCCAGCGUUCACUGUGGAGCUUGACCUAUCACAGUUCCCCUCCGGCAGGGACUGGGUUUCCUACAGGCGUCUCAUCGAUGACAUCCGCAGCCGACUGGGCGUGAGAUUUUCCCACAACCACCCCGUGCUUCAGCUGGAACAACGCAUCCCACCUCGAUGGUUCGACAUCGUACUCCGAACCAGCAGAGAUUACGCAGUCAGAUUCAGGCUGCGAGCCGACAACCUCUACCUCGUUGGGUAUCGCAUGGAGCAGGGCACCGACCAACGGUGGCUCGAGUUCGCCGACGACGAUGGAAAUCCUCAACAGCUAAUAGCCGGAUCCAACGGUCUAGGAUUCGGCGGCAGCUACACCGCCUUGAUGCGUCCCGAUGCGGCUAACUGGAGCUGGACAGACAUAAGAAUCGGCCGGAAAGACCUUCUGCGCGCCGUGGAGAGGCUUAACACCACCAAUCGUCAACAGAGGGCGCAGUCGCUUCUACCCGUGAUUAUCAUGCUCAGCGAAUCAAUAAGAAUGAAUGAUAUCAAGGAAUUUAACGUAACGCAUCACGCCGAGUCUACGCGGGUCCCAGUCGGGUUUGAGCGUCUCGUCCACGCCUGGGGGAACCUCUCCGAGCGAUUGCUACACGCCGACGCCGACCCCAACCACUACUUUCGAAUUCCGCAAAAUAAUUUCGGAAUCCAAACCGCCGAGCAAGCGAUCGCCGCGCUCGGCAUCUUAAAGGACUGCAGCUUCAAAUUUCACCCGCCCCACCGGAGGUUCCGACGCGAGGCUGGCGACGAUGGCUACCACACUCACGGACAACCGCUGGUGGAGGUGUUCUGGGUGCGCAUGAAGAACAUUGGCGAAGAGAAUUACCUCUACGGCACCAUCACGGUGACCGACGGGCUAACUUGUCAAUACAUUUACAAUCGGAAAAGGGUUCGGCCGGAAUCAAUCUAUGCAGGCGAUACAAUUUUGUUGACCGGCCCACCUCGAUCUAUCUCGGCGUAUGAUAGUUUCGCCAUCGAUGUGGAUCUCAUGGAUGCCAACAAAGUUUCUUCCAGUGCUGAAGUCGCCUAUGGGCAAAUCUCCUGGAAUGUUUUCUCAACGGCGAGCAAUGUGUAUGAUCAGCCCUUGUCCAAGGAUGUGGACGGCAGGAAUGGCUCGGUGACGGUCAACUAUGUAGUGAUAAGCAAUGCAGUGGAAGCCAGAAUAGAGGUUACACUCGUGAAUGGAGGUGGGCAAUAUCCUGCCCAAGUCUAUGGAUUGAUUACUGCUCGUAGCAACAAAUUUAGAAAUGAAAGUAUGCUCUUUUGGAAGACGUCCAACGAUGAGGAUUUAAAUGUAAGACCUGGACAAAACAUGGAUCUAUUGAAAUCUACAGUAGCUGUGCCAUUGGACUCUUCCUUCAUAGUUCGGGCGGAACUCUUUAGUCGAAAUAGGGAGACUGGCACUAAUAAUGAAAUUGCAAAUGGGACUGCAGCAUUCUCCGUUCAUCUUUCUGGUACAUACACAACAAAAAUUUCGGGACAGAACGGAGAAAUCAAGGUGCAGGUGUCUUGGAUAGAUAUCUAAGACGUCUACAACUAUUGACAAUGCUAGUCGUUAAUACUUUAUGCUUUAACUCUUUGUCGUGUGCAGGGCUACAUCAACCAUCAAGAAUAAACUUUGUGAUUUUAAAUGAAGUCUUUAAAUCUCCUUCGUCAUGGGCGUUGUUAGUAUACUUCCUAAAGCCUACUAGGGUUCUUUACUUUUUUUUUUCGCCGCCGCCGUCUCGUGAAGCCAGCACCAGUAGCCUCCCGUGCAGUCCGCCACCGUCUCCAGCCACCUGAGCUCCUCGGCCAGCCGUGACAGCUAGCACCCGAACCACCAUCUCUCCUGCAGCAAUAGACCGUCGUGGUAUGUUCGUGGCUCCCUCUCGGUGUUCUCCAGGCGUCGUCUCUGUUCUCCACCGUCUCGCGUCUCCUUCUCCAGUGUCGUCUCUGCACUCGUCGUGGUCGUGUUCUGUUCGUGGCAUCUUGGUUUGUCGUCUCCUUCUCCGGCGUCGUCUCUGUUUCUCCGGCAUCGUCUCCAUUCAUCGUCUCUGCACUCGUGGUGGUUGUGGUCUUCCGUUCUCAGUCGUCUUGGUUGUGGUCCUUCUUGAUUCUCCGAUGACCUUGCUUCUCGGCGUUGUCUCAUUGGCUUUGUCCCUCUGGUAGCACCAACAUCGGUUCCAUUGCUGCACCUUUUGGAGGUCCCUCCACACGGCCGUCUGUGCUCCACUACAAGUCACUAGAGAAGCACCCCUUCUCUCUUUACAGUGACACCAUUUUUUUUCCCCUACUCUCCAAUAGAAACCCACUACUAAACACAAAAAAAAAAAAAAAAAUCUACUGAGUUCUUACUCUC